GUCAGCCACCUCCUCGGUAGCUUACAACUGACAUUAUAUUGUCAAGAUUGGAGUUAAUCCUUAACUAGGUCUUAAUUUUGUUUAACAUGUUAUUCAUUAAAGCAGACGCAGAUCUACUUACAUUAGUGUUUGCAUACAUUUUCGUACUAGUCCCCCGCGGGUAUCAAACCAACAACCCUGGCGUUGCAAGCACAAUGCUUUACCUACUGAGCUACACGGAACUAUUCUACCAUUAUAUAUUCAUAAUGUACAUAUUCACAUGUAGCUACAGGUCUGCAUAGACGAAAGUAUUGGCUGUAAGAAGUCAGACAAAACAUAUUUGCUCAUCUUUAAAUUAAUAAACAAUGUAGUGAAUAUUUUUCUAAACUGCGUUACCCAUUCCAGUCAGCUGACUGCGAUAUGCGUCUUCAGCUGGUGACGUCAUAUCUAGUGGACCACACGACACCGGAAGCUGUUUCAACAACACGGAUACUGAUUCAUUCAACCACCUCCGUAGCCUGGUAGCCAACAUACAACCGAAAACAAGCUCUUUGGACCAUUUUUGUGUAUAUUGAUCUCGGUGUUUUUAACACAAUCUUACGUAUUUACUAUUUAACUUCAAGUAAUUUGCUUGUUAAAUGUACAAAUGUGUUGAUUAUACUGAGUCUAGCACUAAGCUUAUCGCUAAUGCUAGCUAGCCCGACCAUGAGGUCACUAAGCUACUCUCCUCCUUCUAAAGAAGACGUGGUCUGCUGGACGGAGGAAGAAGCUCUGGGGCUGAACAUUGUCAUGAAAGAAGAGGAGGGGGAUAUUACAGUAAAAGGAGAGGAAGAAGUUUUCAGAAUGAAAAAGGAGGAAGAGGAGGCCAUAACAUUGAAAGAAGAAGAGAAGGAACAUUUUAGAGUGAAAGAGGAAGAGGGGAUAGAGGCUGUCACAGUGGAAGAAGAGGAGGUAGAAGCUUUCAGAAUGAAAAAGGAGGAAGAGGAGGCUGUAACAUUGAUAGAAGAAGAGGAGGAUGUUUUGAGAGAUGAAGGAGAGGAAGAGGAGACUGAAGAUCUGAUUAACACCAGAGAGAGACCAGACUCUCAUUCUGACAGCGGAAAGAGUCCUUCAGGGGGACCAGAACCAGUGACACCCAAACCAGUGAGACAACACCACUGCUCCCAAUGUGAAAAGAGAUUUUCCCUAUCAUGGGACCUAAAACGGCAUGAGAGGACACACACAGGAGAAAGGCCUUUCCAAUGUUCCCAGUGUAGAAAGAGUUUUACUUUGUUAGGAAACCUGAGGGAGCAUAAGAGAAUACACUCUGGAGAGAAACCGUACAACUGUUCCCAGUGUGGGAUGAGUUUCGCCAGGUUAAGGAGCCUAAAGCAGCAUGAGACGAUACACACAGGGGAAAAGCCUUUCCAAUGUUCUCAGUGUGGAAAGUGUCUUACACGCUUAAGGAGCCUGAAGGAGCAUGAGAGGAUACACACAGGGGAAAAGCCUUUCCAAUGUUCCCAGUGUGGAAAGCGUCUUACACGCUUAAGGAGCCUGAAGGAGCAUGAGAGGAUACACACAGGGGAAAAGCCUUUCCAAUGUUAUCUGUGUGGAAAGUGGUUUACCCAGUUAGGGAGCCUAAAAGAGCAUGAGACAACACACACACAAGAAAAGCCCUACCAAUGCUCCCUGUGUGGAAAGAGUUUUAUCAAUUUAAGACAUCUGAAUAAGCAUGCAAUAAUACAUACACAGGAGGAGAAGACAUACCACUGCUCUCAGUGUGGAAAGACAUUUUCCCAGUCAGACGACCUGAAAUCACAUGAGAGAAUAGAGAGGCUGUGUUCUGACUUAUGUUUUUGACCUGAGAAUUUAGGUUUUUGUUCAUGCCAAAUGAAAUCCUAUUGUUUAUAUAAAAUCAUUAACAAAAUAGACCUUUGUUUUAGUUUUCAUCUGUAGACCUGAUCAUGUCUAAAAUCAGAUUAAAUACAAUUUGUAUUCUGAUUUGAUUAUGAACUGUAAUGGAUACAACUAUAAACCAUCUGUUGUUCAUUACAUUUUGGGGAUAUUAUUAUAUAGAUUAAUGGAGUUUUGGAUUUCUUGAUUUUAACGUUUAUCCUCUUGAAUUUGAUUUGAUCUGACUUUUCACUAAAUUAAUUUGAAUACAUGAUUUAGAUAUUGCACCAUGUAAAUUAUUAAAUGGAUUAAUAGAAUGUGCAUUUCUUGAUUUUUGAACUUUGAAACCUCUUGAAUUUAGUUGUUUUGUUUCAUUGAGUUAAUUUGUGUAUUAGUCGUCCAGAUAAAGGACUAUGAAAAUGUGAUGGUGUUUUUAUAAUAAAGUGGUUGACAUGAAAAA